AUGGAGAAACAAAGGCUCAGUGAGUUGCCAGAUGAAUUGGUCUUGAAGAUAUUGUCAUCGCUUCCGAUGUUUGAAGAGACUUUAGCAACACGUCUCAUAUCAAAACGUUGGAAGGGUCCUUGGAAACUGGCGCCGAAUGCCAUAUUUGAUGAUGAUGAUAAAAAACGUAAGAGUUUUGAGACUUUUAUGAGUUUUGUAUAUGGAUCUUUAUUGUCUAACGAUGCUCGAAUUCUAGAGAGAUUAGAAUUCAAGCUUAGCCAAAACUAUGCUGCUUCCGACAUCAGUUUUUGGGUUCAAAUCGCUGUUAACCGAUCUGUGAGAGAGCUGAGAAUAGACUUGUUCGGGAAAACCCUAGAAUUGCCAAGUUGCUUGAGUACUUGCAGAACCCUAAAAGAAGUGACACUACAUGAAUUAUGUAUCAAGGUUGUUCCGCCUUGGUUUCGUUUGCCAUCUCUCAAAACGUUGCACCUUUUAUCGGUUACGUUCUCGGGUGGCAACUCUGUUUCAAGCCUUUUAGAAACUUGCCCUGUUCUUGAAUGUUUGGUUGUAGAGCAAACCAAAGAUGACAAUGUGAUGAUAUCCAAUAUCAAUGUGCCUACUCUGAGUAGCUUAUCUAUCCGAUCUACGAGAGACCUGAGAACCCACUUGUUUGGCAAAACCCUAGAAUUCCCGAGUUGGAUGACUUGUAGAAACCUAAAAGAGUUGAUACUCCAUAGAUUAAGUAUCAAGGUUGUUCCCAUUUGGUUUCAUUUGCCAUCCCUCAAAACGUUGCACCUUUCAUCGGUUAAGUUCUGGUGUGAUGAAUCUGUUGCAAGUCUAUUUCAAAUUUGCCCUGUUCUUGAAUGUUUGGUUAUAGAACAAACGAAAGAUGAAAAUGUGGUGAUAUCCAAUAUCAAUGUGCCUACUCUGAGGAGUUUAUCUAUUCGAUCCACAAAAGAGCUGAGAAUCAAUUUGGCUCUGCAUAAUUUCAGAACCCUAAAAGAAUUGAUACUCCAUGACUUGAGUAUCAAGGUUGUUCCCCCUUGGUUUAAUUUGCCAUCACUCAAAGCGUUGCACCUUUCAUCAGUUAAGUUCUUGGGGGAUGAAUCUGUUGCAAGUCUGUUAAAAAAAUGCCCUGUUCUUGAACAUUUGGUUGUAGACCAAACCAAUAAUGAGAAUGUGAUGAUAUCCAACAUCGACGUGCCUACAUUGAGGAACUUAUCCAUCAGGAGCUUAUCGAAAGGGAAACGCAAGAAAAGCACAUACGUUGAGGGAAGUAAUGGGUUUGUUAUAAAAGCUCCUUCAUUGACAGAUUUGAACUUUGAGGAUACAUUAAGUAACUUUGUAAUGUUUGAAUCUAUGCCUGAGGUGAUCAAAGCGAAUAUUCAGGUUAUUUGUGACCAAUCUGACCACUUCAUAGGAUCUCUUACCUCAAUCCAACAUCUUUCUCUUUGUUCUCUAACUUCAAAGACUCCAUAUCCUGCAUGCACUGUUUUCUCCUCGCUUAAACAUCUAGAGCUAUGUACAUGUUCUGCGGGAUGGGCUAAUCUACUUGCUUGUAUACUCAAUGCCGCUCCAGCACUUCGAUCACUCAAACUUAAGUCGAAACAUAGUGCCAAUUACAGUGAUCCAAUGAACCUCUGGAAAGAACCAACAGAUGUUCCUGAUUUUUUAUCGAAGCACCUCGAGAUCUUGGAAUGGAGACAAUAUGAAGGAACAGAGCAAGAGAGGAAUGUAGCUGAGUACAUACUAUCUAACGCUAGUAGUCUAAAGAUGGCUACAUUCUCGACAAGAUGUAGAAACAAAAAUCACCGUAUGUUAAGGAAGUUAAAGCCAAUGAGGAGAGUUUCAAAGACAUGUCAGCUUGUGUUUGAUUAA